AUGGAUGAAUCUCUUUGGUCUCGUUAUGGAGAUAAAUAUGAUAUCGCCCUCUAUGGUAGGCUUGGACUCCAGUGCUACAAUCUUCAAAACGGAACAAACUACAAGUAUGUGCGCUGGCAUAAGUUUAGCUCUGCGUUCAUUAAAGACACCUACGAGUACAUAACUUUGGAGGCUAUGGAUCCUGCCCGCAACUCGGUCUUCCUUUUUCAGACAUUGUUCAGCGAGCUUAUACCUACAAACGGCAUCUAUCAUAAGUGGAGGAUCUUAGCCUCCAGAAUCGAAUGUGACAAGGCUGUGGAUAGUAAAUUUGACGAGGAUACAUCAAUAGAUGGUUUCUACAAAAGUGGAAUGCUCAAAUGGUUGUCUGAUGAGGCCUUGGCCGGUGACAACAAAAAGUAUUACGUGGUGCAAGAAUCAGAGUUGCGUGAGAAUGACUGGCUGCAGCUACUCAUGGAAAUUGGAUUCUUCUCGAAAGCUAAGUGUGAUGUGGAAGCUACCCCACCUUUGGAGAUCAAGAAGGUAGUCAUAGAAACUAAAGAAGAAUACAUAACAGAGGCGCGUGAGAAGCUCAAGGCAAAGGAUGCAAUCUUCUACAUACGUUACAAGUAUAAUGGUGAACCUUCAUCAUCAGUUUGGGCGGGUGAUCACAAGGCGAUAAUAAGGAAAACCAUGGAUGGUAAACCAGGGCACAUGGGUCUUGAAGUUGCAGAUGACGAAGAAUAA